AAAAAGAACAAUGAAGAGGAAGCUGUUUGCCUCUCUGCGUAAUCAAAUACUUUUCUCUCUCUAUCUUCUUCCCCAUAGCCGCCGCGCUGCUGCCACAUCCGCCACCAGCUCCGCCCAUCGCCGUCGUAUGUGCUGCUGACGCAUCCGCGUCCGGUGGCGCUUUACAACUUUUUUUUUAAUCAUUAAAUAGAAUAAUCUCAAAGUUUAUAAACCUCCAAUGGCAAGGGCGCCAGCUGGUAAUGUACACCCAGGUAAAAGGACCGGGGUUCGUAUAGUUAUUGCCGGGGACCGUGGUACCGGAAAGUCGAGCUUGAUCGUAACUGCAGCGGUAGACAAUUUUCCAGUGAAUGUCCCCCCAGUAUUGCCACCGACGAGGCUGCCUGAAGACAUUUAUCCAGAUCGUGUUCCCACCACAAUCAUCGAUACUUCAUCACGCACUGAAGAUAGUGCAAAAGUUGCUGAAGAGCUUAAGCGAGCUGAUGUAGUUGUGCUAACUUAUGCUUGUGAUCAGCCUCAAACCCUCGAUCGGCUGAGUACUUUUUGGCUUCCUAAACUCCGUCAAUUGGAGGUGAGGGUUCCAGUUAUAAUGGUGGGCUGUAAGCUGGAUUUAAGAGAUGAGAAUCAGCAGGUGAGCUUGGAGCAGGUUAUGUCCCCAAUAAUGCAGCAAUUUCGAGAAAUUGAAACAUGCAUUGAGUGUUCGGCAUUUAAACAUAUUCAGAUUUCUGAGGUCUUUUACUACGCCCAAAAAGCUGUACUUCACCCAACAGGCCCACUUUUUGAUCAAGAAACUCAAACUUUAAAGCCUAGAUGCAUCAGGGCACUGAAACGGAUAUUUAUUCUAUGUGAUCACAAUAAAGAUGGUGCUUUGAGUGAUGCUGAGCUGAAUGAUUUUCAGGUCAAAUGUUUCAAUGCUCCUUUACAACCUUCUGAAAUUGUGGGGGUUAAGAGGGUUGUGCAAGAAAAACUUCCUGAGGGAGUAAAUGAUCAUGGGCUCACUUUGACAGGAUUCCUCUUUCUUCAUGCCUUAUUUAUAGAGAAGGGGCGUUUGGAGACAACAUGGACCGUACUCAGGAAGUUUGGGUACAAUAAUGAUAUCAAACUUUCGGAUGAACUUAUCCCAGCUCUUGGAAAGAGAGCUCCAGAUCAGAGUGUGGAGCUGACAAAUGAAGCCAUCGAGUUUCUAAGGGGAAUAUUUGAGCUCUAUGACAGUGAUGGUAAUGGUGCCUUGCGGCCUCGUGAUCUUGAAGAACUAUUUUCUACAGCACCCGAGAGUCCUUGGAAUGAAGCACCAUACAGAGAUUCUGCAGAAAGAAAUGCAAUGGGAGGAUUGUCGAUUGAUGACUUUUUAUCACUGUGGUCUCUCAUGACACUCCUAGACCCAGUUUACACCAUAGAGAACCUGAUAUACAUUGGUUACACCGGCGAUCCUGCAUCUUCUGUUCGUAUAACAAGGAAACGACGGUUGGACCGCAAGAAGCAACAGUUGGACCGAAAUGUUCUUCAGUGCUUUGUGUUUGGGCCUAAGAAGGCUGGAAAAUCUGCUUUAUUGGAUGCAUUUCUUGCAAGGCCAUUUUCUGAGACUUAUACUCCUACCACUGAAGAACGCUUUGCAGUGAACGUUGUUGACCAACCUGGAGGAACAAAAAAAACCCUUGUUUUGAGGGAGAUACCUGAAGAUGGAGUGAAAAAACUGUUGUCUGUCAAAGAGUCUUUAGCUGCUUGUGACAUUGCACUAUUUGUGCAUGACAGCUCCGAUGAGGCCUCAUGGAAGAAAUCGACUGAUUUACUUGUUGAAGUCGCGAGUCACGUUGAGAAUACUGGUUAUGAGGUGCCUUGUUUAAUUGUUGCUGCCAAAGAUGAUCUUGAUUCAUUUCCCUCGGCCAUACAAGAUUCUACGAGGGUGAGCCAAGAUAUGGGUAUAGAAGCUCCAAUACCUAUCAACACAAAAUUAGGUGAUUUCAAUAACGUAUUCCGAAGAAUCGCAUCUGCUGCAGAGCACCCUCAUUUAAGCAUCCCUGAAACUGAGGCAGGCAGAAGUCGCAAGCAGUAUCACAAGCUCAUAAACCGCUCUCUUAUGUUUAUUUCAGUUGGAGCUGCUGUAACGGUCGUUGGACUGGCAGCUUACCGCGUCUAUAUCACAAGGAAGAAUUCAUCCAGCUAAAAAUGAGGAAGGGCAAUGGCAAUGGCAUCGUUUUGCUGGUUGGUACCCUAAAUCUUUAUACUUUCAUCUCUUUAAUGCUUAGCCCAUCUGUCAUAUUUCUCUUGACUCUAUUGGGUUUCCUGAGUUGGCUUCUUAGAUAAUAUCAUUAUAGAUGAUGAUAAGUUGCAAUUUUCAAUCAAAAAGCACUCUUCUAGUCUUAGUUCUCUGUUUUUUUUUUUUUUUUUUUUUUU